CCCCUAAAGUCGCGACUGGGUUCCCAAGGGGUACAGGCGCCCUCCCUCCACGCAUGUAAUGGGCAUGGUGUCCCUUUAAGAAACUCCAUGUUUUUUUCACACAUGUGAUCGGACUGAGGAACGGGAUGAUGCUGUUAUGUAAAAUGCACUGUAAAACAAGAUGCCUGUUUGCACUGAGAAGAAUCUUACAGACGGUGUCGGUCCCUAGAAAGAACUAAGCGCCGCGGCGCGAACCCGAGGAGCCUACAACAGAACUUGUCGAUUCUGCUGCCUCUCGGCGCUGGAGGGUCCCACACUACACGAUACGCAGGCUACGUGCGGAGCCGAGUGAUGUUCGUUCUGUUACUCGCGGCGGCGCACAUGUAAUUAUUUCUACCUGUGCGUAACAUAUGGCCUGUCUAACUGUCUUAUAACGAAUGUAGGGUAAGAGACUGGUAGCUGGUUGCACUCUAGCAGCCACCCAUCCGAAGUCUGGAGGCGGGUUAGGAGUUGUUUUCCUCGCACGGUGAUUAUUUCGGGGGCAUCCUCGGAUCGAGGUACAGGCUAAAGGCAACACGGUGCGACAUCUGACAUAAGUGGAAGACAAGUCGACGUAUUUUAGAUCAAAAACUGGGUCUAAUUGGGGACAUCUGGCGCAAUAUGAGAGUAAAACCUUGAAAAGAGCAAAACAAAUCCAGCAUCGAGAGGAUAAGCUCGCUUGCAUCGGUUUGCAGAUCCAGCGACAGCGGAGUGCCUGGAACUCGGGCCCUGUGUAAAAGAAUGCGAUGACCCACGCCAGGCAGAAGGGUUCCCUAAGCCGGUGCCACAGUGUGGGGCGGGACCAGGGUGGCACCAGAGGGCGGCCGCGUGGUGAGACCAUGGGCCGGGCGUGGCCUGAGCGCUUCCUGAAAGAGGCGGGCGCUAAGAGGGGCAUGGCCAAGAAGGGCCAAUCAAAGGAGCCGAAAGAGGUGAAGGGGGAAGUGGACAGGAAACACUACCCUCUGAGGGGACGGGGAGGCACCUUGGAGGAAGGGUUGCUAAGCAACCCCGUACAAAAACUGUCCCGAGGCCAGGCCAGCGGGAGGCGGAAGAAGGCACAGAGUGGACGAGCGCGCAGGGGGACGUCCUCAAGACGAGCGCGCAGGGGGAAGUCCUCGACAAAGAGCUCAGACAGCGAGCCAUCAGGCAGCACAAGCAAGGCGUCUAAAACCACAUCAGCAGCGCAGGACCAGGGGGCAGGCCAGGUGUCCUCUAAAACCACAUCAGGCCAGGUGUCAUCUAAAACCACAUCAGGCCAGGUGUCAUCUAAAACCACAUCAUUCCAGGUGUCCUCUAAAACCACAUCAGGCCAGGUGUCAUCUAAAACCACAUCAGGCCAGGUGUCCUCUAAAACCACAUCAGGCCAGGUGUCCUCUAAAACCACAUCAGGCCAGGUGUCAUCUAAAACCACAUCAGGCCAGGUGUCAUCUAAAACCACAUCAGGCCAGGUGUCCUCUAAAACCACAUCAGGCCAGGUGUCAUCUAAAACCACAUCAGGCCAGGUGUCAUCUAAAACCACAUCAGCAGCGCUUCUCCCGGUGUGGGAGCCACGCAAGCGCAGGUUGGCGUCCCUCAACGCCGAGGCAUUCAACAGCCUGCUGCUGGUGAGGGCGGAGGGCCCUCCAGCCACCAAAGUCGCCAAGAAGAGCCCGCAGGAAGGACCUGCUGGAGGGGAAUGUACCUCCACCUCAGCGCCACCUGCUGGAGGGGAAUGUACCUCCACCUCAGCGCCACCUGCCGGAGGGGAAUGCAACUCCACUACAGCGCCACCUGCUGGAGGGGAAUGCAACUCCACUACAGCACCAGCUGCUCAGGACCCCUCCACUGGAACUGCCCGCCUGACUUCUUCCAGUUACCUGUUCAUCCUGCUGUGCAACCUCCUGCCCCUGCUCGUGGUCACCUGGACCAGCUGUCUCGUCGUCAGGGUCCUGGUGAGACAGCACCGGGCCGUGAGGGCUCGCCACGCCGCCGCGCAGACGCAGUCGCGGUCGCAGCAGCAGCAGCAACCCAAGCGUCUCCGCUUCCGGCAGAGCACCGUCGCCAUCCUGACGGCCAUGUUGGUUUUCCAGGUGGACUGGACGCUAUAUCUGGUGCUCCAGCUGGCUUCCAGCCCGUACACCUUCAGCGCCUGGUCUGAGGUGGAGUUCUUCAUCACCACGUCCUACACCACCAUCAGCCCGUACGUGUACGGGAUGGGAAAUAACCUCUUCUCCUUUAAGACUUUUAGGUGUGAGGGGAAAUAA